AUGUAUCGUUGGAGUUGUGAUUCGUCAACCAAUAGUAGUUCGUGUGCACUUGAAUAUAAUAAAAACAAUGUUGUAUUAUAUUUUCAAAAACAUAUACAUGCAUUUGAUUAUAUUGAUAUUGCAAGCGAAUUAGUUCGAUUUAUAUUUAAAAAAUCACCUGAUACAAUUGUUCAUACAAUAAGUGAUAAACUUGCAUCACCAUUAGAAACACUUAAACGUCGUGGUAUACCUGUUGAUCGUUUACUUCAAUAUAAACAACAAUAUAUACGUUCAACUGUUCAAAUGAUUGAACAAAAAUCUGAAUUAAAUAAUAAUAAUGAUAAUCAUGAAACUCAUGCUAAAAUAAAUGGUUGUGUAGAAGAUUUUAAUCAUCAACAAACAAAAAAUGAUACUAAAUUAUUUUCAAUGUUAAAUACAGGUCGAGAAUAUACACAAACAAAAUUUAUUCAACAAGAAUAUGUUAAAAAUGAAAUUGAUCAUUCAUGUGAAGUUGUACCAUCUGCUAAUAUGACACGUUAUAAAGAUUUAUUUCAUUCAAUACCAUUAUAUAUUCAACAAGAUGUUCUUAUUACAAAUAAAAUGCUUGAUCAAGCUAAACAAUUAGCUUGGGUUUUAAUUGGACUUGCUAAUCAUGUUUUUAAAAUAUCUAUUGAAACAUUACAUCUCUUUCGAGAUAUUAAUGGAGCUCGCAUUGCAUUUAAUGAUCGUCAUGCAUUAUUUUUUAAUCUUCGUUAUUAUGAACAAGUUUUUGCUGACAAAGUCCAACCAUAUUUACAAGCAACAUCAUCAUCAUCAUCAUCUAUACCAAUAAUACAUACAAUUUUUAAUUUUUAUUUUAUAUUGAUAUGUCAUGAACUUGCACAUAAUCUUGAAAUGGCACAUAAUUCUAAUUUUAUUCAUCAUUUGCAAACAAUUGCAGUUAAAUUUAUGAUAGAAAAAGAUUUAUUCUUACAGCAAUUUUCAUUUCAAAAUUAUUUACAAAAUAAUUUUAUUUGA